UUUCUCCUCAAUCUAAUAUAAUUUGUUUGUCUAGUGGUAGAGCCGUAGAGCGUGGAAUUCAGCUUCCAUUUCUUUAAAGCCAGUCUUGCUUAUAUUCACCUACCGGAAGAGAGAAAGAGAGUCAUCAUUCUAAAGAAAAAAGAGCUUUUUCCAAAGAGCAAUGGCUACACAGAAACAGGGUUUGGAUCAGCAACAGUCUCAGAUUCAACGGGUUAAGAACAAUGGACUCAUCAGUUGCAAUGGAAGUCCCGGUAGGGAUGACAAAGAGGAGGAGAUGUCAAGAUCCGCAUUGGCGUUGUUUCGAGCUAAGGAAGAAGAGAUUGAGAAGAAGAAGCUUGAAGUGAGAGAAAAAGUUUAUGCUCAACUUGGAAAAGCUGAAGAAGCUACAAGGCGCUUAGCUGAGAUUCGAGAAGACCUUGAAUCUUUGACUGAUCCAAUGAGAAAGGAAGUUUCAGUUGUACGUAAGAAGAUUGAUACAGUUAACAAGGAGUUAAAGCCUCUGGGGCAAAGCUGCCAAAAAAAGGAGAGGGAAUACAGAGAAGCCCUUGAAGCUUUUAACGAGAAGAACAAGGAAAAGGCUCAACUCGUUGGCAAGCUGAUGGAAUUGGUGAGUGAAAGUGAGAAACUGAGAAUGAAGAAGCUUGAAGAGCUGAGCAAAAACGUUGAACUCCUCAAAUAAACACUGCUAAAUGCUGGGUUGUGUGUUAUGUAAUUAGUAUCAUCAUGAUCUUCUUCUAUUUGUUACAUUAAUUUGAGAUGAUUUCUGUAUUAAUUUUGGUUUCUUGAUUGUUGUUCCAUGGUGGGGAGUCUUGCUGAUUUAGGAAAGAAACAUUUAGCAGGUUUGACAGUUUUCAAUGUGAGACAUAUCUUGUUUAGCCUUGAAAGUAAAGUUGCACUGUAAACCAUUAAUAUUCUCUAAUUAUUUGUAACAUAG